CAAAAAGCUGCUGAUCACAUCAUCUGUUGUCCUCAAGUGCUUCCUACAUGCUAUUUGAUGCAGGUAAUAUGACCCACUAAAGAGUGGCUUUUUUCUAGGAUCAAUUUAUCUGCAGUUACAAGGUAUAUUACACCUAAAGCCUUUUUUGACAUAUUCAGCAUUGAGUAUAGGCAAAACCAAGACUCCAAAGAGGUACACGUUCAGAAAUACAAUUUAUCUGCUAGAUUCAUUGCAAGUUUACUCACCCACAGCCAAAGUCAGCCACCUCUGCUGCAUGAUCAUCGUCACUUUGAGCAAGCAGGGAGGACGUUUUUAUCAGUCCUGGGAAUGUGAGAGGAGUUUCCCACAUCACUCCCACUGCCACACAUCUGCAUGUACAAUGAGCCUGCCAUAUGGGGCUGUGGGAAUACAGGACAAUUGUCAACAUAAUUAUCUACCACUGUUAAAAAAAUAUCAUCUGCUCUCUCCAGUGGGGUGUUGUCGUUCAGUGCCCUCAGUUCUGUAUCCCACAGGAAAACUCAAACAUGUUUUAUACAAAUCCACAAGGGCCACAUAAAGAGGCACUUUAACUCGGUUACAACAGCCAGUGAUUGUGUUGUUACUUUUUCAUGCCCCCCAACAAUAUGUGCCCAGUUAUAAAGUGAAAUAGAACUGGAUGACUUGAAUAUUAGGAAGAAAAUAAUAGCAACAACACUCACUUUUGUGUAAAAAGAAGGAAACAAAGAAAAGACAUUAUAUGCCAAAAUAUGGAUAUAUGAAAUAAAAAUUAUGAGAAAACAGAUGUGACUUUUUACAAUAAAAACAUAACUGUCAAAAUGGUGGGAGGCCUACAGUCAACCUUUUUUAUGAACAAUACUUUGGUUCACUACUGAUGUGUAGGAAACAUAUCUAGAAAUUCUGCAUUCACUUCCCAAAUAAUGAGUUACUUCCCAUAUCAUUAUUUCCAGAGAAACGUUUAGUGACGUUGAAGGCUAAUACAACAUAGCUUCGUGGGUCUAUUAGCCUUAAAGGCACAUGUGUGCGUGCUUGGAUGGCGCCAUCUUGACGAACGACAUUAUCGUAAACAUUAAAGCUCACCUCAAAGUACAUUUAAAAGUUACCGCUAACUGUGGGACUACUUUUUUGGUGUCUUGAAAGGCUGCAUGUUUUGGCACACAGGUAACCCCUUGAGGGCGGAGUUUAUACUUAACAUGAUUCGAGGCUCGUUCUGUGCAUUCGUGCUGUCCUGAACUACAAAACACGCACACUGAAUUGUCAAUCAGAUUAAUUGGACAGGUAACGUUUCCUCCGCGCGGGCGGGCCUAGCUAGUGCGUCCCUGUCACCAAGAAUAAAAUGGUACAAAACAACUUUACGUCACGCAAUAAUCACGUUAAGUGCGCCCCACACAUAUUUUUAAAGUAUUUUUUUAGGAUAAGCGUUUUGCUGUGGCUCUCUUUAAGGCAGGGGUUUUAGGAAUGGACGCCGUCACCAAAAGGCUCACGUUAGCCGAUGUUUUUGUGGAUGACUCUGAAAACGAGCGAACAUUUUAUGGCUUUUCUGACAGUGAGAUCAGCGACCACUGCGAUAAGGUGAGUGCUUUUAAAUGCAGGCCUGUUUAUUGUCCAUAUCCAGCAUCGAAUUGGAAAAAUAAACAAACCUACGAUCUGGAUGAAGCACUUGAUUUGGUUGUUUUGUACUGAUGUGUCAUACUUGAACGUAGCUGACUUGUGAUUUUUAUAUUUUGCUCUAAUAGGAGGUUUAAGUCUUUUUAUUUUAUUUACUAAAUGUCAUGGAUUUUUACUGUAGGCCUGCUUGGAAACUAAGGUGUAAGAACGAGAAAUCACUUUCUUGUGUUAAUCAGAAUUCAAAUGUAGAAGAUGAAGGUGAAGCCAUGCAGCCUGACCUUUGUGCCAGGGAGCCGGAAGCAAUGUCUAAACCAUCUUCUAGUGCCCAAACCUUCAGGCUGAGGGUGGUUCUCCGCUCCACUUCCUCUACCCAGCAGUCUUCUGAUGAGGAGGAAGAUAAAGAGGAAAAGAGGAGGGAAAAGAGAGUUGUGAAGUGGGCCGGAAAGACCAGCCAGGCAAAGAAGAAGAGACGUGGUAAAUCUGAAGAUGAAGAGGUCGCGGUGCCCCGGCCAUCUCCUUCCAAAGAGUGUGGAUCCGAUUCAGAGGAAGAUGUUCCUGCUUCUUUUCUGGUCAAGAGAGAACAGAACAUCAAGGCCAACAAAGCGAUGUUGGCUCAGCUAAUGGCUGACCUGCAGAACAUGCCAGGAGGUGCAGGGAUUCUGAAAAAACAUGCAGGCAAAGAGAAGACGAAAGACAGAAGUUCUCGUCCACCCCGCUCUGGUGCAGCCGACGAAGAGUCCAGGAAGAACCCGGAGCGGGCGUCUCGCAGACAAACUCGCUCAAUGGGUGGAAGAGGCCAUCCCUCAGCCCCGAAGGAGGAAGACCUGGAGCUCAGCUUGGAGGAACUGCUGGAGGUACGCAGAUCCCCACAGCGCCGUGGCACCCCACGGCCCAAGCAGUGCAAACCACAUUUUGUCCGUCCCGUGGAGGACAUCACAGAGGACGAGAUUCAGCUGGUUGCAGACAACAUGACGGAGAAAGUCUAUGACAGACUUACAGGCUCCACAUGUCAUCAGUGCCGUCAGAAAACGGUCGACACAAAGACGUGCUGCCGCAGUGAGGACUGUCGAGGGAUUCUGGGUCAGUUCUGCGGACCGUGUUUGAGGAACCGAUAUGGAGAGGAAGUCAAGAAGGCGCUGCUUGAUCCGGAGUGGACGUGUCCUCCCUGUCGUGGUAUUUGCAACUGCAGCUUCUGCCGCCAGCGUGAAGGCCGCUGCCCGACUGGCAUCCUGUUCCCCCUCGCUCAGUACCACGGCUUCUCUGACGUCCACUCCUACCUCAGCAGGUGGGGAACUACAUCGCCUGCUUAAUGCCUCACAUGGCGUUCUCAUAAGGGGCAGGUACAGGCUUCCCUGCGGUUACGUCGUCCUUGAGGUGGUGGACUUAUAUCACCAUCAUCCAUCACUGCGCCAU